AUGGGUAAAGAUGUUGAGGUUCAAGAACAAGGUGCUGAAUUCUCAGCUAAGGAUUACCAAGAUCCACCACCAGCACCACUUUUUGACUCCGCAGAGUUUGGAAAAUGGUCUUUGUACAGAGCUGUUAUAGCAGAGUUCGUAGCAACUCUUCUUUUUCUUUACAUCACUGUUUUGACCAUUAUUGGUUACAAAAGACAAUCUGAUACCACUAUUACCGGUAACACUGAGUGUGAUGGUGUUGGGCUUUUGGGUAUUGCUUGGGCUUUUGGUGGUAUGAUCUUCGUCCUUGUUUACUGCACCGCCGGUAUCUCUGGAGGACACAUAAAUCCAGCAGUGACAUUUGGACUAUUUGUGGGACGCAAGGUGUCUUUAGUAAGGGCACUACUAUACAUAAUAGCACAAUGUUUAGGGGCAAUUUGUGGUGCUGGACUAGCUAAGGGGUUCCAAAAAUCAUACUACAACACAUAUGGUGGAGGAGCUAACACUGUUUCUGAUGGUUAUAGUAAAGGCACUGCUUUGGGUGCUGAGAUUAUUGGUACCUUUGUGCUAGUCUACACUGUUUUCUCUGCUACUGACCCUAAAAGAAGUGCUAGGGAUUCUCAUGUUCCUGUAUUGGCACCACUUCCCAUUGGAUUUGCUGUGUUCAUGGUUCACUUGGCAACAAUCCCCGUUACCGGAACCGGUAUUAACCCCGCUAGAAGUUUCGGACCCGCUGUUAUCUUCAACAACGACAAAGCUUGGGAUGACCAGUGGAUUUAUUGGGUUGGACCAUUUAUUGGUGCUGCAGUGGCUGCAAUCUACCACCAAUACAUUCUAAGAGGAUCAGCAAUAAAAGCUCUUGGAUCCUUCAGGAGCAAUGCUUAA